AUGCCCAACGAUGACCGCCCAGAUGCGCCCAAUGAGCGCGCAGGCAAUGCCUUUGCGCCGACGCCAUCAUCAGCGAAGCGCAGCAUCUUCGCUCUGCCCACCUCGAUAAAACGCGUGUUCGACACCUUUCCGCUGCGAGAAUUUCCUGCCAAUGCUCUACCGAUCAGAGCACCCAGACAUAGGGAAGAGCACGUACUGCAUGUUUUUGCAACGGAUGAAGGAGCGAAGUUGUCGAAACCAAGCUUUAAUCCAGGCUGUUUAAAGUGGCAGACAUAUCUACUGUUCAGCGGGGUGCCUUUCAAACUCACAUCGUCGAGCAAUCAUGCUUCUCCGUCUGGCAGCCUUCCCUUCCUCCAGCCUGCAGGUACAGGCACUGAGACCAACGACACCCCACAGCCCAUACCUAGCAGUAAGCUGAAGAAGUGGCUCGCUUCACAAGGCUUCGAAAAGAUUUCAGAGAGCUCAGACAUCAGAUACGAGGCGUUCGCCUCGCUGGUUGAUACUCGCAUACGCAAAGCAUGGCUCUGUCAAUUGUAUUUGGCGCCCCACAACGCCGAACUCAUGCAUCGGCUAUAUGUCGCUCCUUGCUCGUCUCACACUCUGGUUCAGAUGGCGAUUGCUUCUCAUCUUCGCUCGGCCGCUGAAGCAGAGCUUGUCAAAUCUGCUGCGAGUAAUAUCAUCUCAACAUUUGACCUGCUCAAAGAUGCUGAAGAGGCAAUUGAAGCAUUGUCAAUUCUUCUCAGCGACGAUGACUACUUUUUCGGUCAGCAGAAGCCAGGAUUGCUCGAUGCUAGCAUAUUUGCGUACACUGAGUUGAUUCUGGAUGACCGUUUCGGCUGGAAAUACAAUCCACUCCUGGAACACCUCUCGAAGCAUGAGAAUCUAACUAAACACCGGAAUAGAAUUCGGGAGCUGUACUUUUAG